AGGAUUUCCACCAGAAAAACCAGCUAGGGAGAGGAGGAUUCGGCCCUGUUUAUCUGGUACAAUUCCAUUUUAAUCCCAGCAAUCUUAGCACAACUGAACAGAGGUGUUCUGAAUUUUGAUGUUGUGCAGGGGAAGCUGGACGACGGCCGGAAAGUGGCGGUGAAGCAGCUGAGCGUGGGCAAGUCGGGGCAGGGCGAGUCGGAGUUCUUCAUGGAGGUGAACAUGAUCACCAGCAUCCAGCACAAGAACCUGGUCCGCCUCGUCGGCUGCUGCUCCGAGGGCACCGAGCGCCUGCUCGUCUACGAGUACAUGAAGAACAAGAGCCUCGACAAGAUCCUCUUCGCGCCGGCCGACGCGCCGGCGACGGCGCCGCCGUUGCUGGACUGGCGCACCCGGCACCAGAUCAUCAUCGGCAUCGGCCGCGGGCUGCAGUACCUGCACGAGGAGUCCAACCUGCGCAUCGUCCACCGCGACAUCAAGGCCAGCAACAUCCUCCUCGACGACAAGUUCCAGCCCAAGAUCAGCGACUUCGGCCUCGCCCGCUUCUUCCCCGAGGACCAGACCUACCUCAGCACCGCCUUCGCCGGCACGCUGGGGUACACGGCGCCGGAGUACGCCAUCAGGGGGGAGCUCACGGUGAAGGCCGACACGUACAGCUUCGGCGUGCUGGUGCUGGAGAUCAUCAGCAGCAGGAAGAACACUGACCUUAACCUCCCCAACGAAAUGCAGUACCUGCCCGAACACGCAUGGAGGCUGUACGAGCAGUCCAAGAUCCUGGAGCUGGUGGACGCUAGGGUGCAGGGCGGCGAGGGGUUCGAUGUGAAGGAGGUGAUGCAGGUGUGCCAGAUCGCGCUGCUCUGCGUACAGCCGUACCCGAACUCGAGGCCGGCCAUGUCGGAGGUGGUGCGCAUGCUCACCAUGAAGACCGACCAGUCCAUCCCGGCGCCAGCCAAGCCGGCGUUCCUCGACAGGAAGAACCUCAACGGCGACAGGGACGCCGCGUCCUCGGACACCGCCACCAUGGAGAUGAUGAGGUCGCCGGCGGGCUACUGGAUGAUGACGCCCUCGCCCAUGCUCGAGGUCGACAGGCCCUACGACAUGAGCUUCGGCAAAUGAUCCAUGGCGCGCCGCACGCAGCACCGUGAAAUUCGUGACCGAUGAUUCCAUGCUAGCUUUACACAAGUACGAGUAUCUGUUUAUUGCCUUUUCUUGUAGAUACCACGAACAUUUUUUAGACGAAACAACAGUAUGUAUACGGUAUACCGACGCAAUCAGUGUAGUU